AUGGCUGCUUAUACGCCAGAAAUAGCACAAUUACCACCAUCGUCUGCGGCAGUAGCUGGAUCGUCUUCUAUUGCCUCAAUGGUCGUCGUAGGACACCUUGAUGGUAAUUUAAAUGACGUCAUGUAUGGACUCAUGGCAACGGACACGGCAGAGCUGAAACUUCGGUUACAAUACAUGGUAGACCCAGAGGUCCUGGAUACAUCCAUGAUGAGCUGCAUAGAGAAACCAAGUGCUGCUAAACCAUUUCAUUUUGUUGGUAAACAGUGGGUCCGUCGUGGUGAAACUUCUCGUGUUAAUUCAAACUCUCGACGGCCUCGUGAUUUUGUGCUAUUGGUAGCUUCUGGUGUCAUGCGACACAAAAUUUCUGGACAAACAGAAGCCCAAGAGAUUGGGUAUUACCUGUGUCACUCAAUGGAGAUGCAAGAGUGCGAACUUAGUUACGAACCUGCGCGCGGAUGGCUCUCCACUUGCUCAUUAUUUACUCCGACUAACGGAAGCUCUGCACAGACCGACGUGUUUUCCCGAGGAUAUGUGAACUUUAAAGGAAAGAUGCAAGACUACCAGGCAGAAGCGAUGAUGAGUUCGCUUAUGCUAGCUGGUGUCGCAGAAGCUGCUUCUUGUGGUCGAAGCAAGAAGCUAAGCUGGAUGCUGAUGAAUGUGAAGGGUGCUGCAGAAGAAUUUCGACGUAGGCAACCAGAAGCAAAGUCUGCGUCCAACUGCUGUGGCAUUUGCGACCGCAAAUUUGGCGUCCUGCACAGUGUGGCGUCGUGCACCCUUUGUCAGGUGAUAAUAUGCUCACGUUGUCGUGUGAGCCGAGACCUUUGCUUUCUGAACCGGCAAGACGUAGUUUUGAGGACCACAUACAACAAGAGUGUGGGUGAGAGCCGCCAUCAAGGCAGUCGACAAGUGGAAUGUCGGACUGUUUUGUUGUGUAAAAAUUGCAAAAUGAAUGCCAGUCACAUGGACGCAAGUGUGAUGGCACGUCAAGAGGCCAAAGAUCGCUACGGUUUUCACGAGACGGCGCGGACGGAUCUGAUAGACGACAGUAGAAUCUCACAUUCGUGCUCGCAGUCUGGGUCAGAGGUUAGUUAUCAAGGAGAAGGAACAGCCGAAAUAAGUCUCUGGACUCCAGUCACAGACACUACGAAGCUACAAGGUUGCAAUGAUACAACUCUAUUGAACGAACCACGUGACGACAUGAAUGAUGUCGUCAAGACAAAAGUCGUUAGAGUGGAUAAUGGUCAUGCAAAUUGGUCGGAUUCUGCAGUUAAUACGACAUUGGACAGUUCCUUUGCUUCGACAUUGCCAUCUCCACGAGAUCGAGAUAGCAGUCAAGAGGAAUAUAGCAUGGAAGUGUCUUUUACUUGUCCAUAUGAACCUCGACUACAGUAUUCGACACAUGAGACAAGUACAAGUGCAGGACAAUAUCAAGCUGAUUUAAUGCGGAGAAUGCAGGAAUUACAGAAAAGUGCCGAGUCUGUGUAUCAAUUUACGAGUCGAAUGAGUGCCAAUACGCACUACCGACAUGACAAUGUCGUGUCAUUAAAUUCUAAGGUGUAUAUAUCGGAGCUAGAUUAA